AUGUUAGACUCCAUAGGCUGUGAAUACAAGGACUCUGUUGGAAGGUUUGAAAUAUUAAAAGACUCCAAGGUUGUUCUUGCCUGUUUAAGAAUCAAUGGACUCUUUCUCAUCAAAGAAGUGUCCAUGAACCCUACUGCCCUAAUUGUUUCUAAUGAUAUGCUAACUGAAGGGAAUUUGUGGCAUAAAAGACUUUCCCAUAUAAGUGGAAAGGGAUUAAAAAUGUUGUCAGAACAGAGAAUUCUUCCUAAAGGAGUGGCUGAAAUGCUAUCUUUCUGUGAGCAUUGUGUAGUUGGCAAGUCUAUAAGACAAAGUAUUCAAAAGGCUGAUCACAACACCAAGAUCACAACACCAAAGCUAUCCUAG